AUGAGGGAAGCUAAUCUUUGCAAAGGGUUUGGUUCGACAUUGAUUGGGCCCGCCUUGAAGUGGCUAACCAGCCUGCCAAACGGAUGCAUCACUUCUUUUGCUCACCUCGACAACAUGUUCAAUCAGCAGUUCGCCAGCAGCAGGUGUUUGGAGAAGCAAACAAGCGACUUAUACCGUGUGGUUCAACGCCCAGACGAACCUCUGAAGGAUUACAUAGCUCGGUUCAUCAGGGAGAAGGUAACUGUACCUGAGUGUGACGUCCCAACAGCAAUCGAAGCGUUCAGGCAAGGAUUGUAUGGCGAAACCGACCUAUGGAGGGAUCUAAUCAAGUACCCCUGCAAGACGUUCGAAGAUGCACAAGCCAAAGCAAUGGCUCAAGUCAGGUUGGAAGAGACUCUCUACUCCAGAAAGGGAACCAACGACUACACCAAGACGGACAGACGACUACCAUAUCCCAAGAGAAGCAAUGAUCAUCCUGCCCCUUAUUCCCGACCUCAACAUGUAACAAUGGUGGAAGAAGACGACGAAUCCGACUGGAAGAAUAGUCCAGACCUGCCCCCAAAGAUUAACAAAUAUUCUUUUUGUGUUGACACUGUAGGUCUAAUGAAUCACCUCUCGGAGAUGGGGAAAGCAGUGCAGUGGCCACCGAAAUCCAGUAAACCCGAAUCAAAGAAGGAUCCCUCAAAAUGGUGUGAUUUCCAUGCCGACAUCGGUCACACCACCAACGAGUGCGUGGCAUUAAGAAAAGAAGUGGCCUACUUGCUGAAGAACGGAUACCUAAAGGACGUCAUGUUAGACAAAGCUCGUGGCGUCGUCAAAAAGACAACUCCAACUCUCCUUCUCGACCUCCUCCCCCCCUCCUCAUACUAA